AUGAAGUCAUCAGUGCUUUCAACAAAUGGUCCUUCUUGCACGGCAAGAAAGUUGUCAAAUGGUCGCUUCACCCCACCCCUAACACAUUCGACAAGCAAUCUUCCUAAUGCAAAAUGCACCAAACAUUCAACGAAUAAUCGUUCUUUCAUGCAAACUGCAAUAUUAACAACUAAUGAAAAUACGGAAUCAAUUGCAAAUAGUAAAUGCUCGUCGUCAAAUGAAUAUAAUAUUAAUCGCGUAGAAUGUUCGGCAGAUGAGCAAUGUCUUUCGAGAAAAUCACCACUUCGUACGAUAAUGCCACUGGUCGAUGGGCACAGCUUGAUCAAACAGUUUAACUCGCUAAAUGUUGCUGGUCAAAUAGAUAAUUAUAUCGAUGAGAAGCCAUUAUUAUCGAGGCGAAUAGCGUCCUCUCCAGCAGAUUUCGUAAAUUACCAAAAUCUACGUUCUAGCCUACUCGCUCAUAAAAUUAAAACAACACGAAAGAUGAAUGAUUCGGGAGAAAUGCUUUUUGCUGAUUUGAUGAAUAAUUUCGAGGCAAAACAAACCGUUCGAAAUAAUGAAGAUAAUUGUAAUGCUGCUGAAGAAAAGGAUAUAAUAAAAAGUGAAGAGCCUCAUAAUCUUAAGGUUGAAAUUCGAAGUAGCGCUGGAGAAAAGCAAAGGUUUCUGAGUCGUGGUCCAUUAAAAAAUGUUCGACCAACUGCUACUGCUCAUCAUCCAUACAAUACUAAAACCCAAAAUGCUAUUACAUCAUUGAAUGAAACAGAAGAAUUAUUCCAUAAUCAAAAUAAACAUGCGCUAUGCAAAAACAAGAUUUCGGACGAAAUUAUUGGCGAAUCUUCUUCAGAUAGUACCACUUCAGAUACAGUACAACCGAAACUGAAGCCUAAUUCGCUCAGUCCACGAAAUGAAAUUUCUUCAUCUGCCAAAGCAAUAAGGAAGGAGGAAAAAAUGGAUGAAAAAAAUGAGUUACCUGAUGCUCUUUGCGAUUUUAUUCUUAGCUAUUCUAGAAGAUAUUUUGGUUCCUCGUCGUCAUCUUCGCCAAUAUCAUGCAGUCAUAAUGAUGCGACAAUCAAUUUUGGAAAAGUUUUCAAGAAUCAGAAGAUUAAUGACGGUUUCAAUCGAAAUGAAGAUUCAGAUUUUAAAAGCUUGGCAACAAAUAAUUCAAAAACCUCAUCAACAAUGUCCAUUUCAAUCAACAAACAGAAUACGAUUUUAUACAAUGGAAAUGUGCCACAAUAUUCACCUUUACACGCUGGUAGUGUACCACAGUUUUCACCUGACAUACCGUGUCAAACAAUUUUUAUUGAUGACUGUAUCAAAAACCAGUUGUUGAUGAAGGAGAACUUGGGAAGAGAAACAAGUACAAGUCGUAUCGCUCGUGAUCGCUUACGGUCAUUAAUUGAUCAGCGAGAUAUGAUUGAAGCAUGGGCUUGGACUUGUAAAUGUGUGCAAUAUUUUCCGGAGGCUCUUUGCUAUCAAGAUGCAGAUGGUGAUAGCUUAUUGCACAUUGUUAUCAUUCAUAUGGAUUUAGCAAAAAUUUAUGCCCUUGUAGAACAAAUGCUUAAAAUAGAAUUUCGUUCUGUGGAAAAACCUUUCGAUAUGCCAAAUCAAUCUCACGAAACACCAUUAUUCUUAGCGGUUGUUAAGAAAAACAUUUAUGUGGUGGAAUAUUUGUUAGAAGUUGGUGCAAAUCCUAAUGUACAAAACAUUCGAGAAGAAAAGGAUUCACCACUGCAUUAUGCUGCAUCAAGAGGGAUGACUGAAAUUGUUCAGGCAUUGUGCUCAUCUACGUUAAUUGAUGUGAACUUAUUAAAUGGUAAUGGUUUAACGCCUUUAUUAUGUGCCAUUAAAAAUCACUUAAAUAUCGAGGAAGAUGAUCAUAAAAUUAUCGAUAAUAAAUUGGUUAUCGAAAUUUUAUUCAAGAAUGGCGCCGAUCCUUUCCUCACUGACACGAAACAUGGUAAAAACAUUAUGCAUUAUGCUUUAGAAAGGAUGAAUCUUGAACUAAUUCAGGUAAAUUUUAUUUAA